AUGAGAGAACACAUAUUAGUAUUUGGUUAUUCAGUUUUUCAAACCCGUUCUGCAUCAUCAGCGAAACGAAAACCGGCUUCUCCAAGAAAAAGGCCAACAACUUUGCAUGAGGGAGGCGCUUUAGCUGUAAAUGCUGUUGAAACAAACAAGAAGGAAGCCAUUAUUACGGAAGAAUCAUUAAGAAAGGUCAAGACCCCAGACAUCAGUUCAUCGUCAUCGAUAAACGGUUCAACAACUUGUAUACGUAUUCGUCCUCAAAAUGAAUGUCUAUCGAAUUUGACAACGUCGACUGCACCUCGGUCUUUUCCAUUUCCUUGUGAUCUUGCAGCGCUUACGGGUAUUCAGGCUCUUGCUAACUUGAGUUCAGGCACAAGUGGCGAAACUGUUGCAGAUUUAGAAAGAAGACCUGAUUCAAAAUUAGAGAAGAAGCCUAUUUCGACAUCUUUAGAAAAUCCUGAUCUAACGUCCUUGUGUCCAGAUUUGGCAAAAGCAAACGCUUUGAUAUCGUCAAAUGCAGCUGUAUUAGCUGCAACUAUGAACAGCUUUUUACUGGCUGGAACAGUUUCUGAUACGAUGACACAAGUGCCUUCGAAUCGUGAUCUGCUUGCAGCGUUUGCAGCUCUUGGGGUGGUACCUUUUUUAGGCGAUUUGGCUAACGUACAAGGCAAUGAAGGUUAG